AUGGAGAAAGCAGCACUUGUCGUUGGUGUUGGUCCAGGAGCUGUAAUCUUCCUUUCGGCAGCACGACAAUGGCUUCGGUUAUGCUUCUUCGGAAACCGCGACAUUUGGCGCAUUCAAGUACAGGUGUUACGAAGUACGAGCGACAUAGACGCCAUGAACUUCCGAAAGUCAGCGCAGAAGGAAUGCAGCAUAAUAGCUGUGGCUAGCACUAUUCUAGCACAAAUUGCUAUCACAGCACUCUCUUUGGAAAACCUUGACCGAACACCCUGGGUUGCCCGAGGGUUAUUUGUUUUCAGCCUCGUCUCGUCAAUUAUCGCUGUUUACUACGCCACAAGACAGUACUGUCAUCUGGGCAGAUUCCUCUAUGCCAAGGAUGUACGGGCAUGGAUUCGUGGGCACAGUAUUUUGAAUGAGGAUCUGUACCCACGCAUGGCAAUGGCAGUUGCUCAUCUUAACAGCGACUCAGCUUUUCGAGUAGUGGGAGCAGAUCUGCCUUCGGUUGCCUCAGUUUUGACCAUUGCAGCCCCCACUAUGCUUCUCAACAGUUCUCUUAACGCUUUCCUGGUGGGACUCGGCAUCUACCUUGGCUUCGUUUGGACAUGGGAUCUGAACAAGAUUGCAGGGGCAUCAAGUAGUCGAGCAGUAUUUAUUACGUUCAUGGUUAGCUUGGUGGUAUGCUACUGGAUCUACGCAAUAUCUAACGUGAUUGUAGCUGACCAGAGCUACGUCAGCGAAGCGGAGUUGCUAGGAGAGAAAGAUCCUCUUCGAUCUUUCUUUGGGAUACGCGAGAAAGACGAGGAAAGUGCAAGGGGUGGCGGGAAGCCUUCUAUCGCUCAGCAUAUUUCUUCCCAAGAAGUACCAUCGGAUAAUACUGGAAGGGCAAGCACAUCAGCAGCACCACUUGGAGAAUCAUCUCAAGAACAAACAGAUGCAAGCAAUGGCACUGAGGGUGUGUCUGUUCAAAGAGAGCUUGCGCGAGUCCUCCAAGAAGCAGCUAGACUCCGCAAAGAGUCUGCUAAAGUUGAUGAACGUGUGGUUCAAAUUCUGGAGAAACUUGCAAAAGGUAGUAAAGAGUAA